AUCAACCGUUGUCUCUCAUGAAACUUUUGUCAAACACAUAGAAGAUGACUGUGGAAAAGCAGAGCCAGCUACAACAUAUUGUGGAACGCGACGGAAUUGAGCUUAGCCUCUUCGAAAUGAUCUACGAGCGUAAGCUUCUUCACGAUCUACGAGCAUAAGCUCUUCAAAUUCAAUUUUUCCACAGGAAAUCGAAUUUCUAAUCUUCAUGAUGGAGUUUAUGAGUACCGUGUUAUGCUGGCUGAAAAGCUUCCCAACAAAUCUGACUAUGACAUCGAUACAGAGAUACGCACUCUCGAAAUCCUCAAGAUACAUUUUGGAGAGAGAAGCAUGCAGAAAUGUGAAAUUAUGCUGAAUGAUCUUAUUGAUUCUAAGAGGACUAACGGCAAUAUUAAAGCAACCAUAACUCAGACAUCUCAAGCAGGUUCUGAGCUGGGUGAUAACGGGGUUUCCAUGGAUGUUUUUGAUGCAACAAUCAUCUCUUCAAAUUUCUGGCCCCAAAUCCACGAUGAGUGCCCUAAUGUACCUGGACCUGUUGACCAACUACUAUCUGAUUAUGCAAAGAGGUUUAAUGAAAUCAAGACCCCUCGUAAACUACUAUGGAAGAAAAGUCUUGGUACGGUCAAGUUGGAGUUGCAAUUUGAAGAUAGAGCAGUGCAAUUCGCGGUUGCUCCUGUGCAUGCAGCAAUUAUAAUGCAAUUUCAAAAUCAGACAAGCUGGACCUUUAAGAAUCUUGCAGCUGCAAUUGGUAUUCCAACAGACAUACUUAAUCGCAGGAUAAAUUUCUGGAUAAGCAAGGGAAUUCUUGCAGAAUCAUUUGGGGCAGACUCUGAAGACCACGUGUUUCCAUUAAUGGAAGUUAUGGUUGACAGUGGUAAAAAGGGUGGUACGAAUGGAAGCAUUGAGGAUCUUAUAGUUGCUGAUGAAGAGGGGGAGAGCUCUGUAGCCUCUGUGGAGGAUCAACUGCACAAGGAAAUGACUCUGUAUGAGAAAUUUAUCUUGGGGAUGCUCACAAACUUUGGAAGCAUGGCAUUAGAUCGAACUCAUAAUAUUCUCAAGAUGUUCUGCAUAGCCGAUCCUCCUUAUGACAAAACUCUCCAACAGCUGCAAAGUUUCUUGAUGGGUCUAGUUUCUGAAGAGAAGUUGGAACUAAGAGAUGGAAUGUAUUUUUUGAAAAAGUAGUCAACUAACAGAAUUAGGACCCUACUAAUUUUAGUAAAAAUUAUAAAGCUUGGCAAAAUGUAUUAUCCUCGUGUAACUCUUUUUCUUUUCUUUCUAAUUCGUUUGAGGGGAAAGGUGAGAGUUGAAGUACAACUGUUUAUGCCUCUCUUCGUGUUGUACGAGAUAUCAUGGAAAAAAAGCCCCUAGGUUUGAUCCUGCAAAACUGAAAAUUAAGAGAACAAAUGUGAAGCCUGUGUCAGAGCAUAUUGGUGGCUGCAACCCAAAUGAGAAGCUUGAUGUAAAUAGGAUUCUAAGCAUCUUGUUCAGAUUAUUGCAUGAGAAAUUUCAUGUGUAUAGGGUCUAGCUGAGUUGAAAAAUGCCUUGACUUGCUGAC